GCCAGAAAAAGAACUUAAUGAUCUUCAGACAAGAUUAAAUAUGAACAUUAUUAAAGUCAAUUGUGAAAUUAGAACGGGAUAUGAGGGUAUGGCUGAAAGAUUCGGUUUAAUGGUAAGAAUGUAUGGGCUUAAAGAGAAAAUUAAUUAUCAACCGACAAACCCAGAAUUAAAUAUUAAUUAUGCCAUUACUGAGUUUGUUUCAUGUGAUAUAAAAUAUAGAG